GCAUUUUUUUUCCAGGAAGCCUCUAGGAGAAGACCCUAAUUUCUCUAUGGCCGCGAUUUUUUUUUAUCUCUCUGUCGACAGGCUUUCAGCUUGAUCUUUAAGCAAAAAUGGUGAGAGUUAAUGUCUUGAAUGACACUCUUAAGAGCAUGUACAAUGCAGAGAAGCAAGGGAAGCGUCAAGUCAUGAUUCAACCAUCCUCCAAAGAUACAUUGGAGAGUUUGAGUAUGUUGAUGAUCACCGAUCUAGUAAAAAUUGUGGCCGAACUAAAUGAAAGUUUGAACAAAUGUGGAGUCAUCAGCCCUCACUUUGAUGUUGGUGUCAAGGAAAUUGAGGGGUGGACUGCAAGGUCGCUUCCCUCUAGGCAGUUUGGAUACAUUGUACUGACCACAUCUGUUGGCAUCAUGGACCAUGAAGAGGCUAGGAGAAAGAAUGUUGGUGGAAAAUAGCUUGGCUAAGCUAUUUACAAUUUUGGGAGCAAGUUCGAAAUCUUCCAUCCACGCAAAAAAAAAAAUAAGAAGGCUUUUUGCUGCACUUUUGGAAGUCCUUCAAUGUUCGAGUAGCUGUUUUUGCUUUUUUUUGUUGCUCAGAAAAGUAAUUUUAGCUGCAGUUUACAGAUGGUACUUUAUUUUUGUGGCAAAGAGUAGAGACUGUUCAUUUCUUUAGUUGUCUGAUAUAUCUGCGAUUGCGCAGCGACUGAAUGCAAGCUUUGUAGAUUAUCAAGAUUUAAU